UUCCAUGUCUCAAACUCCAUCCAGUCCAGAAAUCAAAAGGGCUUUAGAAGAGGGCCCAGCGACUAACAUUGACAAUGAAUCCCCGCCACCUCCCAUGCCCAGCAAUUACUUGAUCUUAUCGAUAUUCGCCUGUUUCUGCCCGGCAUAUCCGAUAAACAUUGUUGCAUUCGUGUUCUCUAUAAUGGCCUUAAACAGCUAUAAUGAUGGGGAUAUCGACGGAUCAAGGAGGUUGGGACGUAAUGCCAUGUAUGUUGCAAUUGCAUCAAUACUCAUUGGUCUAGCGGUUAUUACAACGUAUUGUGUUGUUCAUUUUUCAACGCAUACAGUCUGAAGGCCAAACAAAAGAUCAUGUAUGCAUUAGUCAUGCAUUAGGCUAUUCA